CUGCCAUGCCAUCGACACCGAAAUCAUAUUUCACUAUCUAUCACAAGUUAUCACGGAAGAAUCCCACAUGAUUUUAGAGGAGGAAAGAGACAACUUUGAGAAUUUCAAAGACUGCUUGUCGACUUCUGUCAUUCAGAAACUUGCGCCAACCAGUGGCAAACCCAAGAAGAAAAUCAAGGGCAGGAAGAAUGAGAUCAAGCCAGUCGCAAGGGUAGCAGACAGCAAUGGCGAUGCUGAGAACGAUGCAUCGGAGCUUGCAGAUUUCAUAGAGUACCUCGCCGAGGAGAUAUUUCUUAACCUUCCUUCUGAACUUCGGACACUUUCCUACUCAGUGGUGCAAGAUGACGCUGCUCUCAUAGAGAAGUAUGCUACGCCUGUGGAGAGCAGGCUGCUCGAAGACCUGGUCAAGCCUCUGCCGUUGACGGUGGCGGACUCUCUCGUCACAUACUCCCUCGUCACUGAGCCUUCAGACCUCGAUCGCUUCCUCGAAGGCCCUCUGAAUAGCUACAUUGCUUCGAUGGUAGCGCCGCCUCCCGAAUAUACGCCCUCAGUCGCAGCUUCGCGGCCGGAUGGUUGCGAGAUUUGCCAACGCGAGCAUCUGCCACUCACAUGUCAUCAUCUUAUCCCGCGGGCCAUUCACGCCAAGGCAGUCAAGCGUGGCUGGCACAAGGAGUGGGAGCUCAAUAAAGUGGCCUGGCUCUGUAGAGCCUGUCACUCGUAUGUCCAUCGAAUAGCGAGCAAUGAAGAGUUGGGCAAAGAACUUUACUCGGUGGAGUUGCUGAUGGAGCGGGAGGAUGUGCAGAAAUGGUCGAUAUGGGUUGGGAGGGUGAGAUGGAAGGCAAGAUAG